AGCCAUGGAGGAAGAGAGAGGACGGCUGCGGCCUGCGGGGAAAUUCCUUUUCUUUGACCCCUCCCGAUUUAAUCUCACCUUUUUCCAGCUACGGCGCGCAAUUAAUCCCAUGUUAAAUUACGCUCCAGGCUGCGGAGACGUGUUGCUGAAACUAAUCGCAUCCUAGUCAUCUCUGAGACAUCGCCGUAAUGGCGCAGUGCACGUUUUAAUCCAGCGCCUUUUGAUCCUAUCCUGGACUUUUUUUCCCACUAUUAAUACCCCCCGCUUCGUCUUCCUUUCCGAUCCAUCGGAAAAAAAGCCAAUCUCAGCUCGCGGCCGACUCCUCCUCCUCCUCCGGCCUCCCCCGACCUCCCGAAAAAAUCCGCCUUUUUCCCCCCCGCUUGCCUUUUUGGGCGCGAAAAGCUCGCCCGGAUCUUGCUCGCGUACGCGUCUUCCGUGUCCCUUUUUCGCUUCGGCUGUCCUCGCCCUGAUCUUUCCUGCGGUUUGGUUGGAGCCGGGAGAGGGGGGGAAACAAGGUCGCCGCCGCCGCCAUGAACGCGCUCGCCGCCACCAGCCGCAACUUCCGGCAGGCCGCGAGGCUGCUCGGCCUCGACUCCAAGCUCGAGAAGAGCCUCCUGAUCCCGUUCCGGGAGAUCAAGGUGGAAUGCACUAUCCCCAAGGACGAUGGCACCUUGGCGUCCUUCGUUGGGUUCCGCGUGCAGCAUGACAAUGCCCGCGGGCCGAUGAAAGGUGGUAUCCGCUACCACCCGGAGGUUGAUCCUGAUGAAGUAAAUGCACUUGCUCAGUUGAUGACAUGGAAGACUGCCGUUGCAGAUUUACCAUAUGGUGGAGCAAAAGGAGGAAUUGGUUGUUCUCCUAGUGAACUAAGUAUGAGCGAGUUGGAGCGCUUGACGCGUGUAUUUACUCAGAAAAUUCAUGAUCUUAUUGGAACUCAUACUGAUAUCCCUGCCCCAGACAUGGGAACUAAUGCACAGACCAUGGCAUGGAUUUUUGACGAGUACUCAAAAUUCCAUGGUCACUCCCCAGCGGUCGUCACAGGGAAGCCCAUAGAUCUUGGUGGAUCAUUAGGUAGGGAUGCUGCCACUGGACGUGGUGUGACGUAUGCAACUGAGGCUCUUCUUGCUGAAUACGGGAAGUCUAUUUCUGGAUCAACUGUUGUUAUUCAGGGAUUCGGUAAUGUUGGUUCAUGGGCUGCGCAACUUAUCCAUGCGAGAGGUGGUAAGGUAAUUGCAAUUGGAGAUGUAACCGGUUCAAUCAGAAACAAGGCAGGGAUAGACAUACCUGCUCUGAUGAAGCACAGGAAUGAGGGUGGUCACUUGAAAGACUUUCAUGGUGCGGAAGUCAUGGAUUCCUCAGAGUUGCUGGUGCAUGAAUGCGAUGUUCUCAUCCCCUGUGCCUUAGGUGGAGUCCUUAACAGGGAAAAUGCACCUGAUGUGAAGGCCAAAUUUAUAAUUGAGGCUGCCAAUCAUCCAACUGAUCCAGAAGCUGAUGAGAUUCUUACCAAGAAGGGAGUAAUUGUUCUACCUGAUAUCUAUGCUAAUGCCGGUGGUGUGAUCGUUAGCUAUUUUGAGUGGGUUCAGAACAUUCAAGGCUUCAUGUGGGAUGAACAGAAGGUGAACAUGGAGCUUCACAAGUACAUGAACAGCGCUUUUCAGCACAUCAAGGCCAUGUGCAGAUCUCAUGACUGCAACCUUAGGAUGGGAGCAUUCACCUUGGGAGUCAACCGGGUUGCGCGCGCCACCCUCUUGAGGGGCUGGGAGGCAUGAGGCACUCCAGAUUCUUCCUCACAUCCAAUAAUUCAUGUCCGACACCAUGGUGGAUGAUAAUUCUUAUGUUCACCACUGCGGACAUAGUUAAUUCAUCAGAAGUUGCCAGCAUGGAAGGAGUCCAAUUGAAAUAAUUUUUAGCGUACAUGACAGAGAUGAUGUGUUUAUUUUAUUUUAUUUUUGCUAAUUCUCUGCCCAGGGUUGCCAAUUGUGGUGAUCGAGUUCUGCUUGGUGACAAUAUCGACAAAUUGUUGUAAACCUUUGGAUUUACUGAAUGUUUUACAAAGGUUUCUGGCAUUUCAGUAAUUCUGGUCUGA